AUGACUCCAGAGUAUAUAUAUAUAUAUAUACAUAUAUAUAUAUAUAUUGGGAUAAGGUUUUCUUAUGUUAAUGUAAGUUUUUUACUAUUGUCCCUUUUACUUUGUGAAUCUCUUUCAGUGCCAAUACCAACCAAUCUCACCUUUGAAGCCUAUAAUUUGAAUACUGUGUUACAUUGGGAGUAUCCACGUACACUUGAGACCCCUGUUUUCACUGUAAUAGUAAAGACCUAUCGUAACGGAAAAUGGGUUCAUGUCUGCAAUACCACCCAUCAUUACUGCAACAUUUCCUCCCAAAUUGAUGAUCCUUCAGAACCACUCUGGGCCAGAGUUAAAGCUCAACUGGGACAAAAAGAAUCAGACUAUAAAGAAUCCAAAGAAUUUAUUUUGUGUAGACAAGGAAAAAUUGGACCACCUACAUUGAUUAUUAAACAGAAAGAACAGCAAAUCAUUACUGACAUAUACCAUCCAUUAAAAGUUGUCGAUGGAAAAGAGUUGGAAUCCAUGUAUGAUGAAGAAACUUGUUAUGUAUUUAGUUAUAUUAUUUAUAUGAUAAAAGAUGAAAAUGAGACCUCAGAAGUGAUUUAUGAGCUGCUUGAGGAAGACUGCAAUGAGACUCAGUGCCAUCUCAGUAUUUCAGUGGGGGGAGAUAAUUCUAAAUACUGUUUGUCAACAGAAGGAUUCUCAGAGAAAUGGGGAGUAACAACUGAAAUCUCUGAAGACGUUUGUAUUACCAUUUUCAGAGAUAACCAUAGUAGCUUAAAAGGUUCUGUUCUGAUUGCAGUCAUUAUUCCCUUCAUCAUAUUAGUCCUAGUUUUUAUUGGUGUGCUUAGAUAUUGUCACAUGAAGGAGAUUACUCCAUUUAAGAGAAAAAGCAUCAUGUUACCCAAAUCCUUGGUAUCUGUGGUAGUAAACAGAGCCUCUUCAGAGGUAAGACCUGAAUUAAAAAAUAUAUCUCCCAUCACUUACCAGCCAGUUGUUCUAGUAAAUGAGAAGGUGAUCUCGGAGGAGAUAAUGUCUCCCACAACAGUGUCACACAUGCACACUGAAGACAACCAUGAGAAAGAGAAUAGACAACUUCCCAGUAAAACUGGAGUGAUGACCCCUGACCCAGAUGUUUCUGACAUGAUGGCUGAAAGUUCUCUGACCUUUGGAAGAGAGAAUUCUCUACACUCAAGUAGUAAUCAGUCGGAACCCUGCAGCAGCCUUGCCUUGAAUUCGUAUCAUUCCAGAAAUGGUUCUGAUAGUGGCCUGGUGGAAUCAGGAAGCUUUUUAUCUGACUCAGAAUCUUCCUCAAAUAAGACUGAAGUGAGGACAGAAAUACAAGAGUCCAUCAUGCUGAGAAACACUACCACCUCCUUUGGUUAUGAUAAACCACAUGUGUUGGUGGACUUACUUGUGGGUGAUAGUGGUAAAGAGUCAUUGAUUGGUUAUAGACUCACAACAGAUUCCAAAGAGUUUUCAUAGCAUCCACCAAGCUACACCAACACUGAAGCAUCAUCUUCAGGAAAAGAAUCUAUUUUCAAAAAUUGUAUUUUGGGGGCUAUUAACCAAAUGGAUUGUUUGACUUUGACUCACAUGAAUCCUUUCAUUUUGAUAAGUUAGCAAGAAGACUCACUAAUUAGCAUACCUCUUUAUUCUGAAUGCAGAGUAUAUCUAUGGUCUUUUCUAAGUACCCCAAGAGAAAUCAUGAAUUGUUUCCUAUAUUUUCUUAUGGUGUUUGAUUCCAGAAGUUUUAUGUAUCAAUUGUUACUGUUUUCAGAACCAAUCUUAAAAACUUUCCAGAGGCAUUUAAUAUCCAGUCUAAGUAAAAAUACUUUGAUAAGUAAUAAAAACAUAUGCAUGUUUUAUAGAAUAUUAUACUCCGAAUUUUAAAAUAAAAUCUUUAAA